CAGAACCUAAGGAGCAACCUAGAUUUUUGUUUAUUAACACCUAAAUUUCUAUCUACCUUCUAGUUUGGAAAAGGAAAGGGAAGAAAAAUAUGGGGGAAAAAGGAAUAGGGUCAGUGUUGAUGGUUUGUUUGGUGUUAGGUGUUCUAAUAGGGCAAUCCACAGCUUCUUUCCCGAGCUGCUACAAGGAUUGCUUUGUUAUGUGUGUUGCUACCCCAGGAAAUUCACCGUUGAUUUGUGCUCUCAAGUGCGUCAAGAAUUGUAUCCUCCAUACCUCACCUUUUGGUAAUCUCCAAGACACCCAAUACUUCUGCAAGCUUGGUUGUUCUACUACCAUGUGCACAAGUCUCAGCUCCAAACAAGAUCCUGGUGAAGGAAAAGUUGAAAGCUGCGUUGAUUCUUGCUCAGAGACAUGCGCCAUCAAGAACUAAGUCACUACAAUAUCUAAAAGAUAGUGUUUAGAUCGUGAUGUUUUUUAUUAGUCAAAUGAAUAAUUGAUCAAAUGGAAGGAACUAAGGGUCCAAUCCAAAGUUCCUAGAAAUUUGCCUUACAAAUUGAGGCCAUGUAUUUGUAACUUGGCCCCCCAAAUUUAAUAAAAGUUUAAU